AUGUCCGAUCAUGAGUCCAAAGCCCAUGAGCUAACCUUUUCUGGAUUCCUUGUCGACUUGGAUGGUACCAUCAUCGAUUCAACAGCUGCAGUUGAGAAUCAUUGGCAGGAUGUCGGCAAAGAAAUUGGCGUGGAUCCCAAGGUCAUCCUUGAGACAUCUCAUGGACGACGCAGCUUAGAUGUUCUAGAGUUAUUGGCACCAGCAUACGCCAACUGGGACUUUGUCAAGCGAAUCGAAGCCGCCAUCCCAGUGAAUCACGGACAUCUUGCUACCGUGAUACCGGGCGCUGCCGCGUUCUUGCAAUCGCUGACUACCAACUCAGCGCCAUGGGCUAUUGUCACUUCCAGCAGUUCCUCUUUGGCAACCGGUUGGCUGAACGCCUUUGAUCUUCCGUCUCCUGAUUCUGACCGCCUAAUUACCGCCGAGUCUGUCAAAGUCGGCAAGCCUGAUCCAACUUGCUACUUUCUCGGACGCAAGAGCCUCGGCUCCAGUGGUGAUGACGGAGAAAGUCUGCUCGUGAUUGAAGAUAGUCCCGCUGGAAUUCGAGCCGGCAAAGAUGCAGGUUGUAAGGUUCUGGGGCUAGUGACGAGUCAUACUUAUGAGCAAGUCAAGUCAGCUGGGCCAGACUGGAUUGUCAAGGAUUUAAAAUCCGUCAAGAUCUUGGGAAAGAAUGGCGACAGAGUCAUGGUCGAGAUAUGCAACACAAUAUAA